CUGCAUUUACUUGUAAUUCUUUUCCUUUUUAUUGCUUGUUAUCAAGGUACUGAGGUAACUUCUCCCAGAUCGUUAAAACGUGACCACCAUAAAGAUGAUUCUCCGGGCGAGUGCUGCAAAAAAGCUAAGAUUGACCUUAUUCCGACUCUAGUUAAAGCAAUUUCUCGUCGUGGAGAGAGGGCUGAACUGCAAGAUUUUCAUGUUGUUAUUGAAGAUUUCAAAGGCUGCAUCGGACAUGACGUCUCCGAAGAAAUAGCACGACUAAGCUACUACGCAGUCUUUGAUGGUCACGGUGGAACCAAAGCUGCUGAAUUUUCGUCAAAAUACUUACAUAUCAAUAUAGCAAAGCGUUUUAUCAGGGAUGCUUUCAUGUCAGGUGGCGUGCAACAAAUUGAUAAGGACAUUAAACGCGUCCUCAUAGAUUCAUUCAAAAAGACGGAUGAAGAUUUUCUUAAAGAAGCGUCAAAACAGAAACCUCAUUGGAAGGAUGGAUCUACGGCUACUUCAGUCCUUCUUGUAAACAACACUCUGUACAUAAGUAACAUUGGUGAUUCUAAGGCGGUUUUGGCAAGAUACGUUGAGGAAUUGACGGAUGAACACGAUGAAGCCGACAAACUUGGCGUCGACCCAUUUGGCAGUCUCACUGCAAUUUCUCUCACCCAAGAUCAUACUCCUCUAGAUUACAAUGAACGUCAGCGGAUCCAGAAAUCUGGAGCCAAUGUCCGUGAAGGGCGCGUAAAUAGUAUCCUUGAGGUCAGCAGAUCCUUU